GAAGAUUUCCCAGCGAUGAUAGACAUUGUGGUGGUCCCUCGCAGGCCGCUUUGAUGCAUCUGGUGGCAACUUGGAAGGGAGGCGAGUUCGUUUCGAUUGCCAACCUGCCUCCCUCAGAAGUUUUCGCGUGUUCGGUUUGCAAAGGAAACCACAAACAGAGAGAGAGAGAGAGAGAGAGAGUUCCUCUGUUAUUUUCCAGCUUGCGUUUUCGGACUGUAGACCGCAGCGUGUGUGUGUGUCAGAGUGAGGGAGGUACAGUUGUCAAUGUGGUCAGCACCCCACAACCCUGCAGUCUGGACGCUCUGCAAUUGUCCCUCAGUAGGUGCAUCAAUGGAUUUGUAUUGGCUAUGGACAUGAGGAGAUAGAUAAUGGCUCAAUAUGGGAACAUGACAGUCCUCUAUCAAGGCUUUGUUAAUGGCAACAGCAGCUCCCCGGCCAACAGCAGCCUCCUUCACAGUAGCCUAUCCCAGAACAACACCAACCCUGUACUGUGUCCAUGGAAGCCUACCAACUCGUCCAUGGCUGUCGCUAUUCCCAGCUUCUCAAUGACUCUGGGCGCCUUGUCCAACAUCAUCGCCCUCGUCAUCCUCAUCAAAUCCUACGCCCGGUUCCGCAGGCGUUCCAAGGCCACUUUCCUGCUCUUCGCCAGCAGCCUGGUGCUGACUGAUUUUGUCGGGCAUGUCAUCCCUGGCGCACUGGUCCUGCGGCUCUACUCUGAGAACAUCGUCAGCGCUGGGCCCAUGUGCCAGUUCCUGGGCGGCUCCUUGGUGUUCUUUGGCCUGUGCCCGCUCUUCCUGGGCUGCAUCAUGGCGAUCGAGAGGUGUGUAGGCGUCACCAAGCCCCUGCUCCACUCAGCCGUGGUGACCCCCACCAGGAGUAAGCUGGCCGUGCUCUGCCUUUGGCUGACGGCCGGGUUCGUCGCUUUCCUGCCCAUCCUGAACUUCGGCCGAUAUGGCAUCCAGUGCCCAAGGACCUGGUGUUUCAUCCGCCUGCGAGGCCCUGCCCAGCACUGGACAGAGGAUGCCUUUGCCCUGCUCUUCUGUCUCCUGGGAGUGUUGGCCCUGUUGCUCUCACUGGUCUGCAACACUAUCAGUGGAGUGACCCUCAUCCAGGCCAGGAUUAAGAAGCAGAAUUGUAACCGCAGAGCAAAAUCCCACGACAUCGAAAUGGUCAUCCAAUUAAUUGGGAUCAUGAUGGUGUCCUGCAUCUGCUGGAGCCCUCUUCUGGUGACCGUCGGCCUGAACAGCAUCCAGACUGUCAAGGAGCUCUCCUGGUUGAGCUUCCUCGGCGUGCGGAUGGCAUCCUGGAAUCAGAUCCUGGAUCCCUGGGUGUACAUCCUGCUCCGGCGGGCGGUCUUGAGGAAACUUUACACCAUGCUUGUAAGCAAGACGGACUUCAAUAAGAGCAAGUUUGACCGCUGGGAGAUCAGCUCCUUUCAGAGUUCGGAACGCAGCGUCAUCAACAAAUACUGAACGGGGUCACCUGAGGAAGAUGGGAAACCGAAGACGUUGAUGAUGAGACUCCCCCCCCGCCCCCCCUCACCCCCCCAAGCCACCCUGAGAGGAACAUCAGGCUGCUUCAGCUGGCACUGGAGGAAGCUGAUAUCUUGAGAAAAGACUUUCGCUCACUUGGGGUCCUCUAGAGUUGCUGUCUGUUAAUGUCCCAGUAGAAAUCUGUUGGUCAUUCGAACCCAUUGGGAUAUGAUUCCAAUCACCAUGCCCUGUGGAUAGAGACGUUCAGUCUGAAAAUGGAUCAAACAUACCUGGAGUUCCAGAAGAUUAGAUCCAGUGCUAUUCUCAAGAAUGUGCACAAACUGACUGACCAAGGGCGUGGUCAAGCCAUCUCUUCCAACCAACACUGGAGAAUCAACGAGAACAUUGCUUUGGGGUCAAAUGAGAUUUGAGGAGGGCGGGUGUGACCUGGUAACAGGCAGGGUGGGCAAAGGUCAUGGGCACUAUGACCCCAAAGAGCCCUCCAUGCGAUGGUCAAGCGCACAUUAGGCUCUACUGGGAGCUCAUGGGUGGAGAGUCCAGAAUUGCUUUGGUUACUGUUCAUUCGGCUGAGAGUGCUGGUUUGUGGUUGGCCAGAGGUCCUUCUCUGGGUGAAAAGUUGACUCCUUGGAUUUGUUGGGGCAUUGUGGGGAGGGGAAUGCAGUUUGUUGGCAGCUCCAUCGCCAACACCAUCCUCCCUCUUUCACUUCGGCGGGGUGGGGGAGGAAGUUCAGGGAAUAUCUGACUUGGGCAGAACUGCCCUGCUCUCUCGGAGUAGGGAAAAGGGGAUGGGGAACUCUACGGUGGAGUGUUAGAGCACCCAACAGCAGCAAACUAUUACCAAGUGAUUACAAUGCCAGGGAGAGUCCUUCCUGUCUGCUGUGUGCCUGUCAUCGGUGUUUGAUGUUGCAAUUGUGCAGUUGUGUGACCAAAGCUUUCCCUCAUCUUGCCUGCAUGCCUGGAGACUGUCAGACCAAUGGCUGGCUGCUGUAGAAAUCUCCAACAUUAGAAGAUUUGGAACCAACCUCUCGUGCUGUGGUGUGAGUCACACUGACUGCCUGCAUGACACUGAUGCGCUGAUCAAGCCAAUUUCCUUUCAUUGUUUGGGAGUUUACUGUGGUUGCUUGCAGUUUGUUUUUUGUCAGAAUGCUGCCUUUUCGUCAUUGGUAGGUCCUGAGCUUUGCUGCUCCCUGGUGGGGCAUCUCUGGGUUCUUGUCUGGAUGCUCAUAGAAAAGAGGCAUUCCUAUGACAUUUUGUUUUCAUUCCAACCUCCUAUAAUGUGUCCCCAUCUCUCUGGUAGCGGGCCCCCACCCCAGCCCCCAUCUCCCUCCCCCUAACCCUC